AUGUGGCGGAGUGGAAAGAGGAUUUGGAGUCCGUUUUUAUACUCCGUCCUUAUUAGCCCUCCAGAAGUUAUUGGCCAUCUCCAGGAAAAUUAUUAUAAUCUCUGUAUGGAAAAGUCCCAGAAAAUUAAUUCCUUUAUAUUGCAUAUACUCCAAGAAGUGGAUGAAGAAAUUGAAAAGGGAUCGGAAGGAAUCACAUUAAACAUUGCUGGUAACAGUCGCUUAAUGCCAGAAGAAAAAGUAACAGGUGAAGAUUUUUGGAUUCUUUUCAGAAUUUUAAAGAAGAAUCCAUAUAUUAAUGGUUUGGAUGUUAGAUAUAACUUCGUAAGUGACGUUGGUGCAUACUAUGCUGCAAGACUGCUUCAGAAACAACAUAACCUCGUUUACUUAAACCUUAUGUUUAAUGAUAUUGGGCCCGAAGGUGGAGAACUGAUUGCUAAAGCACUACAUAAGAAUACAACUCUGAAAUACCUAAGAAUGACUGGAAACAAGAUUGAAAAUAAAGGCGGAAUGUUUUUUGCUGCAAUGCUACAAAUUAAUUCAUCUUUAGAAAAAUUAGAUCUGGGUGACUGUGAUCUGGGAAUGCAAAGUGUGAUAGCAUUGGCUACAGUCCUAACUCAAAACCAAACAAUUAAGGGAAUAAACCUAAACCGACCUAUACUGUAUGGUGAACAGGAAGAGUCCACAGUUCAUCUAGGCCACAUGUUGAAAGAAAAUCACUGCCUUGUUGAACUACACAUGUGUAAGCAUAAUAUAAAGAACUGUGGUAUUAAACAGUUAUGUGAUGCACUGUAUCUGAACAGAAGCCUACGCUACCUUGAUGUCAGCUGCAAUAAAAUAACUCGUGACGGAAUGGUGUGUUUGGCUGAUGUACUGAAAAGCAAUACUACCCUGGAAGUAUUAGAUCUUUCUUUUAACAGAAUAGAAAAUGCAGGAGCAAAGUAUCUCAGUGAAACUCUUGCUUCACACAACAGGAGUCUUAGAGCGUUGUCAGUAGUCAGCAACAACAUAGAGGGAGAAGGACUUGUUGCACUUUCAGAGUCAAUGAAAACAAACCCCACAUUCUCGAAUGUCUACAUUUGGGGAAACAAAUUUGAUGAGGCUACAUGUGUGGCUUAUUCAGACUUAAUUCAAAUGGACCGUCUAAAACCAGAUAAUACAGAUGUGGAGCCAUUUAUGGUGGAUGGACAUGUGUAUCUUGCAGAAGUCUCCAAUGGCCUUAAAAAGCAUUAUUACUGGAGACCAACUUAUGGAGAAGCUUGCACGAACUCACCUAACGCAGGUUUUACUCUUGUACCAGUAGGUGAACAUCUAUGA